AGUCACAUCUGCAAGGCUUGAUCUUGGUACAAAAUUCCCACUUGGGAAAUUAAAACAUAUUAAUCAAGUCAGCUUAAUUGUCUCUACAAAUUGAAAUCUUGAAAUUUUCUAUGUUCAUUUGAUUGAAUUUCGUACCUCAAAAAGAGAAAAUGGAAGAAGGUGAAACAGGAUUAUUACAAAUUACUACUAGCAAAGAAGCACUUUCUUCAGGAUAUUCAAUCCAUGAAAAUUCAGCAGAAAUCAAGAAAAUUAAAUCAGCUCUAACUUGGGUUUUUCUUGAUCAAUCAAAUAUAUGGAGAGCUGGUCUUUCUUGGUCAUUAUUUUUUAUUUUAACGAUUGGGGUUCCAUUAGUUUCUCAUUUUGUAUUUGCUUGUGAAAGCUGUGAUUCUAUGCAUCAAAGGCCAUUUGAUGCUGUUGUUCAAGUUUCUCUUUCACUUUUUGCAACUUUGUCUUUUGUUAGUCUCUCUUCUUUUUCUAGGAAAUAUGGGAUUAGAAGAUUUUUGUUUCUUGAUAGAUUGUAUGAAGAUAGUGAAAAGGUUCAACAAGAAUAUACUCAGCAGCUACAUAGGUCGAUGAAGAUCCUGUCAGCUUUUGUUCUCCCUUCUUUUAUUGCUGAGAGUAUAUACAAAAUCUGGUGGUUUUCUUCAGGGGGAACCCAAAUUCCUUACCUGUACAAUGCCGCUUUGAGCAAUACCUUCGUAUGCAUAUUGUUAAUAUGUUCCUGGCUCUACCGGAUAUCAAUUUCCUUCCUUGUAUGUGUCCUAUUCCGUUUAAUAAGCUGCCUUCAGAUCUUUAGAUUGGAAGACUUUGCUCAAGUUUUCGAGAAAGAAUCUGAUGUUGCAACGAUCAUGAUAGAACAUCUCCGAAUCAGAAGAAAUCUUCGUGUCAUUAGCCAUCGAUUCAGAGUUUUCAUUUUGUCAACUCUCAUACUAGUUACCGUAAGUCAGUUUCUUGCGUUGCUUCUUACAACUGAGCCUAGCUCCACUGUAAACAUAUUUACAGCUGGUGAACUUGCGUUGAGCUCAAUUACUUUGGUAACUGGACUUUUCAUGUGCUUGCGUAGUGCAGCAAAGAUCACACACAAAGCGCAAGCCGUGACAUCACUUGCUGCCAAAUGGCAUGCUUGUGCGACAAUCAGCUCAUUUGAUGACAUAGAUAAUGAGACUCCCACGGGUCAGAGUGCAACAACUCAGGUUGUAUACCCUAUCAAUUCCAGUUGGGACACCGAUGAGGAAGGAGACGGAGAUGAUGUUUUGGACAACACAAAUAUGGUGCCGGUUCAUGCUCAUACAAUAUCUUACCAGAAGAGACAAGCACUAGUGUCAUACUUUGAGCACAACAGAGCUGGAAUCACAGUGUAUGGAUUUAUGUUAGAUAGGACAUGGCUUCAUACAAUUUUUGCAAUUCAGCUGUCUCUUACACUCUGGAUACUGAAUAAGACAAUUGGUAUUUCGUAAAAUCCCAGUCAAUGACAAGGUCUGCGCGUUUGUGGAUACAUAAAUAUCUGUUGAGUUUUGCCCCUAGAGAAACUACUAUAUAUAUAUUUGUAUAGAUGCUCAAGUUUUGC